UUGUGUGAAAUAAUAUCAGAUUAUUAAUUUUACAUUUAGAUUCGAAUAAUUGUCGAGUGACGGUAUGCCACAGGGAAACGUUAUUGAGCAAGUUAUUUUUGCCGUCCAAAUACAGCGCCUCUCAACAGAAAUGCAUGAACUUUAAGGAAACGUAAGGGGGAAAAAUGUUGUGUGAUAAAAGAGCGUUAGCCUAGGCUAUGGACGCACAUGCACGCAGUUUAGAGGGAACAUUGGUCAUAUGUUGGUGACUAGACAUUCACUUUGGUCUUCUUUGUUUUGUUGAUAAACUAACAUUAACAUUGUGUUGUGUAGGCCUAGUCUACUACAAUGUACUGCCACUUGACAUUACGCAAUGAAAAUAAAAACGUAACUUUAAUGCAAUGCAUUGCUCAUGGAUGUGAUCUGCAAUCCAUCCACCAGUCCUGGAUCAAUCGACCCCCGAUUAAUCGAUCAGGAAGCAAAGUGACACAACGUAGCAAAAUAGUGUGGAAUAAUAUAAGAUUAUUCAUAUGACAUUUAGAUUAUAAUAAUUGUCGAGUGAUUGUCACAGGGAAACGUUAUUGAGCAAGUUAGUUUCGCCGUCCAAAUAGAGUGCCUCUUAAAAGAAAUGACUGAACUGUGCACAUUGCGUUUCAUGUGAGGAAAUAUUGAAGGAAAUAGUUUUUUGUGUGAUAAAGGAGAAGUAGCCUAGGCUAUGCAGCCCGAUCUCCCCUUCACCUCGCGCCGGUCAGCUGUUGUUUGUUUACAUGGCUGUGUGGCAUCAAGUCAACCCUUGGCAUCAAACAUUGGUCUGGACAUCUUGAAGAGAGGAGGGAAUGCUGCUGAUGCUGCUGUGGCUGUGGCUGCCGCCCUGGCCGUGACAGAACCCUGCAGCAGUGGGAUCGGUGGGGACAGCUUCUGUCUGUUCUAUGACACAAGCACAGGCCAGGUGCGCGGCCUGAACGGCAGUGGCCGGGCUCCCAGAGCACAGACAGUGGAUCUCCUGGAGAGGUAUGGCUACAGUGAGUCUAACCCUAUCCCAUCCUUCCACGCCCUGAACGCCACCGUGCCGGGGUCCGCGGCCUGCUGGUGUGACACCGUCCGCCUGUUUGGCAGUCAGAAGCUCUCUCUCCAGGAUGUCUUGAGGCCCGCCUCCGACCUCGCACUGUGUGGGUUCCCCGUUGCCCAGGUGACCGCGCACCACUGGGCCAAGUGGGUCCGUACCAUGAGGGCUGCAGGGAGGGAGCUGGGAAGAGACUUCCUGAUUAAGAACGAUGCGCCCAAACAUGGACAGGUGUUCUCCAACCCUCAUCUGGCCCAAACUUUCCAGGAGCUGGGCCAGCACGGUAAAGUAGGGUUCUAUGAAGGCAGAGUGGCAAAGUCGAUUGUUGAUGUCAUCAUUCGGAACGGAGGAGUGAUGAGUCUGGAGGACCUACGUGACCAUGACAGCGAGGAGAUCAGACCCAUCCACACUGACUACAGGGGUGUGAGGCUAUGGGAAGUCCCUCCUAACGGUCAAGGCAUGGCAGCACUCAUGGCCCUCAAUAUACUGGAGAACUUCCCCAUCAAAGAGAUGGGUCAUAACAGUGCACGUUACCUCCAUGUGUUGGCUGAGGCCCUGAAGCUGAGCCUGGCUGAUACAGUCCAUUACUGUGCUGACCCGGAUCAUGUUAAAGUCCCUCUGGAGAGUCUACUCUCUAAAGACUACAGCCUGCAGCUCUCACACACCAUACAAAUGGACAGGGCCAGCGUCAUGGCGGAGCGUGAUGUGCCCACAGGAAGUGACACGGUGUAUUUCACGGUGGUGGACGGCCAGGGCAACGCCUGCUCAUUCAUCAACAGUAACUACAUGGGCUUCGGAACUGGUCUGGUGCCUCAGAGCUGUGGCUUCUCCCUGCAAAACCGAGGUGCUCACUUCUCUCUGGAGCGUAGCCAUGGUAACUGUGUAGGCCCGGGGAAGAGACCGUACCACACCAUCAUCCCGGCCCUGCUGACCGACCCCGCCUCUGGACGCCUACUCUGCUCCCUCGGUGUCAUGGGAGCCUUUAUGCAGCCGCAGGGCCACAUACAGGUGUUGCUGAACAUGCUGGAGUUUGGGAUGAACCCCCAAGAGGCGCUAGAUGCCCCUCGCAUGUAUGUGCAGCAUGACAAGGCUGCGCAGCAGUGGCGUGUCAAUUUGGAGGUGGGUGUCGACGAGGGUGUUGCUGAAGACCUGGAAAAGCGUAGCCAUGUGGUUUGCUGGCCUAUCACUGGCCAUGACCGGAGUCAGUUUGGGCGAGGCCAGGUCAUCUCAGUAGGGGAUUGGUGGAACCUGUCUACCCAGGAAGCAGAGCCUAAUGUUAGGGUGUUGUGGGCAGGAUCAGACCCCAGAGCUGAUGGUUGUGCCCAGGGGUACUAGUGACUAGGGCUGCACAAUAUCGGCAAAAAAAUCUCAUAGCGAUUUUUUGAACCAAAUAUUGCAAUUGCGAUUUGGCUUGCGAUAUAGAUCCAAACAUCUGGGUGAACUUUUGGAAUCAGUGAAAUAGAAUGAUUUAUAUUAAGAAGCAAAGUAGAAAGCAGCAUUGAUCUUGUUUGGGAGAGAGACGUCAAACAGAGUAAACUAUAAAAACAGAUGUUACACGCAGCUUAGUGGCGGUUCAAAAUAUUGCAUGCAAUAUGGAUCUCUUGCAUUAUGGAUAUUGCACAUGUCAAUAUUGCGAUUUUGAUGUGAAUUUGAAUAAUCGUGCAGCUCUACAUUUUUCGUAAAAACGAUUCCAAAAGGGUUCUUCGACUGUCCCCAUAGGAGAACCCUUUUUGGUUCCAGGUAAAACCCUUUUUGGUUCCAGGUAGAAUCAUUUUGUGUUCCAUGUAGAACCCUCCGUGGAAAGGGUUCUAUAUGGAACCCAAAAUGGUUCUACUUGGAACCAAAAGGGUUCUGCUUGGAACCAUCAUUCAACGUGUUCUCCUAUGGGGACAACCGGAGACCCUUUUAGGUUCUAGAUAGAACCUUUUUUUCUGAGAGUACUAGUGACCCUCUCCCCUCCCUAGGGGGAGCUAGAGAGCUUACAGAAUCUUUACAGUAUGACUGUGCACUACACUUGUCCACUCACUGACCAUGUUUACAUGCACAGCAAUAUCCCGUUAUUAUUCAGGAUACUAAAGUAUUCUGUUUUUGAGUUGACGCAUAUACACAUCAUAUAAACAUUAUGAGAAACUCGGAUAAGAUGCCUGUUUUUGCUUAUAGUUUUGGACAUUUGGUAGGCCUUAUUAUAUUUUCCAACAUUUGGUAGGCUAUUUGUUUGUCAACUAUAGUUUGAUACAUGCAGCUUCUCUUCUGUCAUUAUUUGUUGCCCCAGAAGACUAAAUACAGUAGUGCUCACCAGAAUAAUGUUGUAAAUCGAUAGAAUGCAUUAGUAGUCUAGUUAACACCAGUAAAUUUCUCUGUUUUGUGUAGGGACCGUGGAGAAAACGCAAUAACUCCAAAACAGUGGUCUGUGCAAAAUGUCCAAAAUGUAAUCAGUUUGACCGGUUUUAAGAAAAUGAAAAGCUGAGAAAAUGACAAAAUAUGUUUCUGAGAAGACUUCAGUUCAUCUUAGGUGUGAUUGAAAUACUGUCUGCUUGCAUAACAGUGUCAAAGAUAACACAUUACAUGUGCAUUCACAUUUCUAAAGCGAUGCUGAAAGAAAGAAAUCAUGUUUCUCAUCUCCUGUUCCUGAGACAAAAUGAACAUUUGUUGUGUAAUUUCACAUCAAGAAAUGCAUAAUUCUGCAGGAGUUAAUGUUAUAUUAUACCAAAGUGUUGUUUAAUACUCAUUUUUGAUUAGCUAGAAGGGCAUUCUAGGAUGCACAUUAAAACCAGAUAAAGGCACAGUUGGAAAAGAUAUUGGAACACCUUGCAAUCAUGAUGCAAUAAGCGCCUACAUUUUUUAUUUAAUACAUUUUUUAUUUCACCUUUAUUUAAUCAGGUAGGCCAGUUGAGAACAAGUUCUCAUUUACAACUGCAGACCUAAUUCCUCAUUUACAUAUGUAGACCGUACUUGCUACAAAGUUACAGAAAGCUAAACCAACAACCACACAAACCGAAAUUGGAUACAUUGUAAACGCAGGUCCAAUGAGGACAACCUUAGCUAGCAUUGAUUUGUUUUUACAGAGACAUAUUUUUUGGAGCAUCUGAUGACCUAACGUGGUGAGUGAUGAACAUGAAUUUCUCUGGUCCCUACAGUUGCAGUCAUGACACAAGUGACGCUAUGCUGUCAAAUCCUCCCACGUUUCUAGUUUGACCAGCUAUUUUUACCAACUGAUCUUUUUUUAUUUGGUUGUCAUAUUGGCAGUUUUGCUGGGAGACAAAAUAUAUAGAUAGCUUCUUGCCUAGUUUUUGAUAUGCAGUGCGGUCUCCUCGUAAUGAACAGUGUCGAGUGACCUGAUGAGAUGGCAAACUUUUCUAGCUAUGCCAGGCAUAUUCAGGCAUCAUCAGCUCAUUGUUAAGGAUUUAUCUAAAUUAAUAUCAAUAGAAAACAGUUACUUUCCUGUUAUUCUGGCCCAGAUGUCGUGGCUGUUUUAGCCGUAGCUAGCUGGCUAGUUAGAAAGCAAGGGAAAAUAACUUUGCCAGCGAGCAUACCAACAGAACAUAAAGAACGAGUGACAAGGUGAUGUCCAUAAAUAUCUAACUAAUUGAACGAACGACUGGGUUGCAUCUUUAGCAACAAAAAGACGAGAAAGUAUGAAUUUGCUUAUAUAAAUGAAAAGAUAAAUAAAAAAAAUGUUAUUUCUACCGGUAAA